CCAUGGCUAACGCCAAGAGUAGACUAAAUGCACCCAAAAGUGCAGCUAACAAAAAGAAAGUUGGUAAGACCAAGUCGUUGGCAGGUCGGAAGGAGGCGGCCAAAAAUAAUAACAACAAUGAGGCAAUCAUACGGAGACUCACUGAUAAUGUGACGGUGCUCUCCACUGAUGAUAAAGUGCAAUUAUUGCUGGAGAACGGACCCCAGCUCAAGGAUAAGUUUGUACUCAAAACUGUACCCAAACUACCAAAGAAGCCACUGCCUCCCUCACCAAAGGUCAUUGCAGAAGUAAAAACCCAACCCUCUGUGAGGGACAGAUUAAUAACUAAAAGUGGAAGAAUUGUAAAGAAGAGCAAAAGUGAUUUAAAACUUAUGGAUAAUAUCCUAAAAAGUGAACUAUUGAUUGAACUGAAUGGUGACAAGAAUAAGAAAAAUAAGAAUAAUCCAAAUGACAAAAAUACAAGCUCCAACAACAACAAUGAUAUGGAGAUAACUAAUCAAAAUGAUGCUGAUCUGGGAGCAUCGGGCACAAACUCUGAGGAUGCUACAAACACAACCAAAAAUGUACAAAAUGGUAAAGACCCAACCAAACCGAAGCAGUUAACUUUGAGCAACGGUGUAGUGUUGACUGUCUCAGAACAUGAAUGUGAUAUAUGUCACAAAAUGUUCAGUUCAAAAUCAUCAAUACGCAGGCACAUGUACAUCCACUUGGGCUUGAAACCAUAUACAUGUCCACUUUGUCAAAAGAAGUUUUGUCACUAUUUAAACAUGAAGAAACAUAUGAAAAAAUUACAUGCAAGCCUAGCUGAAGAGUCGCACAUAUGCCAUAUAUGUGACAAAAUAUUUAAGACAAAAGAAGAUUUAGGAGUGCAUAUCAGCUGUCAUAUAAACAAUGACAUUGUAUACAAAUGCAUAUACUGUGCAAAACAGUUUUCACAUCAGCUGCUUCUCAGCACUCAUGAGAAAGAACAUUUGAUUAAUGGAAGGUAUCAUUGUACGCUAUGCCCAAUGACUUAUGAAUGCCGUAACCGGCUCACAAAUCAUGUCAGAAGUCACCUGAACAUCAAAGAUUACAUAUGCCAAUUCUGUGGAAAAGAUUUUCUCCGUUUAAACUCAAUGAGAAGGCAUGUACAAAUAAGUCAUGUUGGUCACAGGAUUCAGUGUCCAAUUUGUAAGAAAAAUUUGAGGGGACAUCUGACCGAACAUAUGAGGACACAUGAGAAGAGACGUCCCCAUGAAUGUCCUGAAUGUGGUGCAUGUUUCACCCAAUCUACGCAGUUAAAUGUGCAUCGACGAUCUCAUACAGGGGACCGUCCAUACCACUGCAGAAUAUGUGACAGACGUUUCUCCCACUCCAAUGCCCUGAUGCUGCACAUUCGCAGACACACUGGGGAGAAGCCAUUCCCCUGCGCAGUGUGCCCCCUGGCAUUCUCCCAACUGCCGCACAUGAAAGCUCACAUGCGCAAAAUUCACAAACGCGAGAACCCUUACAAAUGUCUCAAGUGUAAUGAGUUUUUCAAGUUAAAGGCCCACAUUGAGAACCACGAUAAAGUAUGCAAGGUCGGCGUGAAAGAGCUGUCCUUCGAGGAGAAGAUCCAGGCAUCGGUGCAGGCCGACGAGGUGGAGGUGGAGCCGCCGAUGCCGCUGCCGCGCAUGAGGUUCCUGCUCGCGCUGCUCUUCACCAUGAUCGCCAGCAAAGAGAAACUCAAGUACCUAGGUUUCAACAAGCGUCUGAUUGAUGACGUACUGACGGAGUCGUUGGAAGCGAUGGCUCAAAUCCCGUGUGUGGACAUGUUCCUCUCUGCCUUUACAAAACGGUACAAAGCCAACAUCGACAAGUUGUUGAACUGCACCGUACCAAAGGAACAAUACGAAAUGUUUAAGAAGGAGAAUAAGACGACUGAAGAAGUGCUGGAACUCUUGACGGAUGAUAAGAAGAACGACGAUAAAAAGUAAACCGGCUGUCGUGAGGCUGGUAUGGUAUUGUAAGUUAUAAAAGUUGUUUAGUUUAAGCGUAGUGAACCUAUUUAUUCGUAGAUUCUCAUUUUGGUAGUUGUAGCUGGUGUCUCGGAGAUCUGUUGGUACUAGGUAUAGUUUUUGGUGGUGGAGGAAGUCCCUGAUAUAUUUUGUGCCAUACCAGGUAAUGACCACUAAUGAUGGUCGAAAACACGGUAUAAUACUCCACCAUUGAAAUAUAUCGUAGUUUAUUUUAUGCCGCAUUCAAUAAUAUUCGGUGCGUCUGCGCAGUUUAUUAUUUUCUGUCAAAGAUAUCUAUACAUAUUAUAAUUCAAAGUUCCCUUUUCUAUUUGUAUGUUAUCGAUUUUCUCAAAAUCUACUGAACGCAUUUCUAUGAAAUUUGCUAUGAAAGUUUAAUAACUUGGGAAGAAAGGAAGGAAGCCGCGAGCAAAAGCUAGUUAGCCUAUAUUAUUAAGUUACACUUGCAUAAAAUAUCAUGCACCUAUUACACUGAACUGAUAUUGUCAAUUUAAAAUCUUGUAAAUUUAGAUUUAUGACUGUUACAGUGGCACAAUGUUUUGCUCAGUACGAGGUUCCGUUCUGAGAUCUCUUCGAAUCCCGGGUCGAGAAAUUUGAUAUUCGGUUAUCUCAGUAGUGACUCGAAGAAAUUGUGUCCGAUAUGUUAUAGGCUCGCCCUUAUUACAUUGGGAUAUAACUAUCGGGGAAAAGUGGGCGCGUUAGUUGCAGCUCUGCCUUCCCCUUUGGAAAUAAAGGCAUAGUGUGUAUGUUAAUUUACAGAUAUCGACAAUUCGUUUACUAUGCAAGCAGAGGCUGACUUAGCGAGACAAAUCAGGCAAACGUUCGGGGCUGUUUGGAGAACCUUUGUUUAUGAUUUUACUGACGAAACUAUUUAAACCGGGUACCUUUUCUCCGGGGCUUCGCGUCGCUUUUUUUUCUUUUGCCUGGGACCUCGUAUCGGUUAGGGCCGCCACUGUAUGCAAGUAAAUAACAAUACUGUAUAUUGUCGGCUAUAGGAUGCUGAAUAUUGGUAAACUCCGGGACACCGUAGCUUAAAAAAAAUAAUUCCUAGGCGUAACUAGAUAAACCUUCUGAUGAUUAUUUACACGAGAAUUGUGAAAAUUCGUUUAAUUUUCAUGUACGCAAAUAGUUUUAUGCGAAAUCGGUGUGAAAUAUUUGAGGAAAUCAUUAUUAUAUUGCGUUUUCAUUACUGGGCUGUACACUGCGAGGUUGUAGGUUGUUUCCUCUGCAAAGUUCGAUAAGGUAUACUUCUGUUUAUGUAGGCGUUGAUGGACUCAUUGCCUACCUAUCUAAAGAAUGAAUGAGUUCCGAGUAAACUUAAAAACUACACAUCGAAUUGAGAACCUCCUCUAUUUAUUUGAAUUCAAUUAAAGUAUACAAGCUACAUAAUCAGUGUAUCGUAAAUUUUAUUGCUCAGUUUAGACUAGCUAAUUCUCGCGGCAAUAUAUUGCGCGACAACUUCCAGAUGAGUUUACACUAGCAAUAUUAGUUACACAAUAGAUCGAUACAUAUGCGACUUGCCGCAGAUUCUGCAAGCUUUAAAGGCAAAAGUCGGCUUUUCGUGAUUGUUUACAUACUAAAAAUUGCAUGCGAAAUUAUUGACUUGCCAAUCUCAAACUUUGCUUAGUUUUAAAACGCUCCAAGGCCUCUGAUUCCGAUUUAAUACUAUAUCAUAAACCCAACCAAUUACGAGAUAAAUUUAUAAUCACGUUUUUCUAGGAACUACGUUUAUAACGAUAAGCUAUAUCUUUGUCGACAAUGCAUCAUCGUUGUAGGCGUAUAUAACCUAAUACGUUCAAGAAUAUUUGAACACGUUUGAUAAACAUUCGCAAACAUUGUGUCAUUCUAAAAUGCGAUUAUCUGACAUUGUAGCCGAUGUAACUACUGGACAUCUUGUAUCUUAGGAUGGCGAGUGUAGUGGAUA